AUGACCUAUUUAACGGUGGAGAACGGAGCUUUCGGAUUGUUGACAGUCAUCGAGAACAGAAUCGACAAUUUCUGGAAAGAAAAGCAGGCAACAACAGCUAAGAUCCCUAAUGAGUGGGUAAACAACAUCACAAUCCACUCGAUCGCCACCUUCAUGAAGGCGAACCGCGAUGUAUAUGGAGGCAGUUUCGGAAAAGUAAAUCUACGAGCUGCCGACGUGCUCUCUUCAAACGAGCAGGAUACUGUUCUUUCCGUAAGAUCCCAUCAUCAACCGCUCUGA